AUUCCUAUUCAAGCGCUUGAAGCAACUUCGGCGCGACCGCGACCUCUUUAACCGACGCUCGCCAUCGACACGCCAGGAUGCCGACGACGCUCCCCGCGUUCAUCGAUCCGGGACAGCUGGAGCGCGUGGUGAAGUUCCUAGGCAUAGGGGGGCCCCCAAAGACACAGCCGACCGUUCGUGUUGGCGUCCUAGGCGCGUCGCAGGUUGCCACCUAUGCGAUGCUGUGGCCUGCUCGCCGUGUGCCCGGAGCUGAGGUGGUGGCGGUGGCUGCGCGCGACGGCGCACGCGCACGCGAGUACGCUCAGCAGCACGGCAUCUCACGCUCCUACGGCUCCUACGAGGCGCUGCUUGCGGACCCGGACGUGGACGCGGUGUAUGUGGGCCUGCCCAACGGGCUGCACGGCACCUGGGCGGCGGCGGCGCUGGCGGCGGGCAAGCACGUGCUGUGCGAGAAGCCCUUCACCGCCAACCAGCAGGAGGCCAUUGAGGUGCAGGCGCUGGCGCGCCAGAAACGGCUGGUGUGCCGCGAGGCCUUCCACUACCGCGAGCACCCUCUGGCGGAGCACCUGGUGCAGCUGCUGGGGGGCGGCGGCGGCGGCGGCGAGGGCGGCAGCAGCAGCGGCGACAGCACGGGGAAGAGCAAGAGCAUCAGGGCCGGGAAUGGGGCCGCUGGGACGGGCGGGCCGCUGGGGCGGCUGCGCUCAAUGGAGGCGCAGGUGCUGAUCCCAAAGUGGGUCUUUGGCGGCGCCAAUAUCCGCUUCCAGGAGACACUAGCAGGUGGCGCCGCCAUGGAUGCGGGCUGCUACUGCCUGCAUGCGCUGCGCACCCUGGCGGCGGCGGCGGGCGUGGGCGGGCUCCCUCAGGUGGAGUGGGCUCAGGCGGAACUGGCCUCACCUGCAUCCCAGGUGGUGGACGGCGCCAUCCGCGGCGUGCUGCGGUGGCGCGGCAGCGGUGGCGGCAGCGGCAGCGGCGGCAGUGGAGCCCUGGACGCCGCCGACGACGACGUCACCGCGCGUUUCACGGCGUCGCUGCAGUGGGAGGGCCUGCUGCCGCGCAGCACCAUCGACCUGGAGGGCGACAGGGGCCGCAUGCACGUGUCCAACUUCAUCAUGCCCGUCUUCGGCCACGUGGUCCGGCUCAGCACCACCACCACCACCACCACCGCCACCGCCACCACCAGCAACACCAGCGGCGCGCCUGCCACCAGGACCACCACGCUGCGAGUGUACGGCGCCGGCGAGAGCACCUACUGGCACCAGCUGGACCGCUUCGUGGCCGACGUGCGGGCAGUGAACGAGGCGGUGGACAGCGGCGACGAGGGCGCGCUGCUGGCCGCCUCCCGGCUGCUGGCCGCGGACGAGGCCGACUGCGUCGCCAACAUGGGCCUGCUGGACGACGUCUACCGCGCCGCCGGGCUGCAGCCACGCCUGCCCUCGGCGCAGGCGGUGGCGCGGCAGGCCCAGCAGCAGCAGCAGCAGGCGGCGGCGGCCAGCAAGGCAGUGCAGGCGGCCGGCAGCGCGGCCGGGCAGACGGCGGCUGGGCCCACGCUGUAAAUCACAACAAGGCGUGCGGAAGGCCAAUAACUACGGCGGCCUGAUGGGUCCCCGCGUUUCGUGUUCAAGUAAUGCACAACACCAACCGCCGACAGCGGAGAUAAUGGACAGCGCACAUGUAUGAACUAGACGUGAGCAAGGAGCAGGAGAAGCUGGUCCGCACGGUAGGCACGGGAGCCGCCACGUUUUGGAAUGUAUUUAUAUGCCGCAUGCCGUAUGCGAGUAAUGGUGUCUCUCGAAAGAACCCCACACGGGGGCGGGCCCAUGCAGAGGGGGCCAGAGUAUGUUUAUCUUGCUCAUGCGGCCGACUUAGACGCCGGGACAGUUUGCAUUCCGUCUUGGUAUGCUGCACAUGCUUCAGCAUGUGGACGAGCCCGGGGCAAACCUGUCUAAAGUAACUCGGGCCGCCGUACAUGUACGAAACCUCCAUUCAAUGGGUCUGUCAUUCCUUCGGUAUUCAUGAAUGCACACAAAGAUUACGGUUCACGCAAGGCCCGUGCGUAGUGAAGAGGACGGGGUAAGUAAGGGCACACUGCGCAUGUGGACCUGGCUUACACGAUUGUUCGAUGUACCGUACCGUAUGUGGUGUAGUGGUGUGUAGUUUCGGAAGGCCCUGAGUGAGCCAGAACAUGCUCCGUUGGAAGCAGUUCAACUUGUUAUGUAAACGAAGAGAAUUGUGUAUGUAGAGCGAGUGGGUCGCCGCGUUUGGCUCAGUAGCGGCGCCUGGCGGCGGAGGGUGUGGGGACGAGCACCCAUCUACCAUCAAUCGCCAUCAUGGUUUUCAACUGUCACAGCCGCAUUUACCGUGUUAAGCAUGAAGGCGGACCUCACAAGACUCUCGCAGCCGUCGUAAUAGCAUAAGUAUCGUGUAAGCAGGGGAGGAG